AUGACAACUCUUUCUGUCUUCUUGGAUGUUCCUUUGGCCACGGCAGUAGAUUUUCCCUUAGAUGUCUUCAGGGAAGAUCCCUCACCCCAAAAAGUGUGCCUUGGACAUGCAGGAUGCCACACUGAUAAUGCUGAUGAGAUCUGGAUCCCACCAGUUGUGCAAAAGAUUCUGUUGCAAAUCCCUCAAGAUCCCACCUUGGAUCAUGAAUACAUCGGAGAACUGGGCAUCGUGGAGUUCACCAAAACAGCCAUGGAACUGGUGAUUGGCAAGAACAAUCAGGCUUUCUUAGACAACAGGGCAGGUGGUGUUCACACAAUAGGUGGGACAGGUGCUGUGUGGAUCGGAGCUGAAUUUUUGCACCGUUGGUACCGAACCAACCAUUCAACUCCAGCAAUUAUCUAUAUUGCCGAGCCACAACUGGGCACUCUUGGUUGCAUAUUCCAAGUUGCUGGCUUUGCAGAUAUUUGUUCUUACCGUUACUGGGAUCCCAUCAAGCUGUCAGUUGACAUAGACAUGUUUGUGGCAGAACUGCAGAAUGCCCCAGAAGGCUCCAUUAUAUUUCUGCAUGCUCCUGAAGAAAUUGGCUUGAAGCCCUCUGAAUGGAGAAGAGUUGCAUCAAUGAUGAAGAGAAGACAUCUUUUUCCCUUUUUUGAUGUCGCAGCUCAAGGAUUGGCUUCGGGAGACCUGGACAGAGAUGCCUGGGCAGUACGUCUCUUUGUAAACAAAGGCUUUGAGCUGUUCUGUGCUCAGUCUUUUUCUAAAACCUUUGGCUUAUAUGAUGAACGAGUGGGGAACCUCAUUGUGGUGACAACAGACAAUCAAACUCUGAUCCGAAUCCACUCACAGAUAGCUCGGCUAAUAACUGUGACAUGGUUGGGCCCCACCAGCUUAGGGGCACGAGUGAUUACAAUGGUACUGAACAGCCCUGCUCAUUUCUAUGAAUGGAAACAAAGUCUUCAGGCACUAGUAAAGAGGAUUAUGUUGAUUAGGGAAAAGUUGAAAGAGAAGUUGCGGAUUCUGGGAACACCAGGUUCCUGGGAGCAUCUUACAAGGCAGUCAGGAGUCCGUAGCUUUAUUGGAUUGAAUUCCUCCCAAGUGGAGUUCCUAGAGAAGCAUAAACAUAUCUAUCUUCUUGCUAAUGGGCAGAUCAACAUUUGCAGCAUUAACUCCAAGAAUUUGGGCUACAUAGCACAAAGCAUCCAUGAAGCCAUCUUGGUCACCACCCGCCAAAAUCCAAGCUAUCUCUGCAUAACGGCUCACCAAGAAUCUGAGAAGAGUUCUGCAGAUUUAUCAGAUUCUCCUUAA